UCAUCCUUUAAAUAUGCCACACUAUUUCCCUCAGGGAUGCAGUUCAGUUCCCGAGCUGACCACCUCACUGUGUGCUCAGAGAACAAAGCUUUCAUUUUAAGCCGCUGUCUUUGAAAUGAGUUUACUUGGCUUCUUCCUGAACCCAACAGAUUCGCUGUGGCGCCCUUGGUCCAAAAUCAGUGUGACCUGGAAGGUUGGGAAUAUUUUACAUUUCUGAAUAUAGAAUUUCCUUGGCACCUCGGGCAAAGAAGCCUUUCUACCUGAAGUUCAAAGGUUGUUUUUCAUACCUGUUUAAUCCUUUGUAGAAUAAUUCUGCCAUGUAGUUCCAUUUUUCUUCAGACGUCGUAUAAUUGAACUCCUUGUUGAUAUGUUUUAAUUUCCUUGGCAGAAAACGGGUAAGUUGAAACACGAGGUUUGAGAAAUCCUUAGUUAGCUUAACCUCCCAAAAUCUUGAGCUUGUAUGUCAGGUCCUCCUUUUUUCCCCUAUGCCCCCAGAUUGACAUAGGGACUCUUCCUAAGGUGAUGUCUUAGUUUUCUUCUUGGGGUACUGAGUCUAGAGGCUCCACUGUAAAGCCGUAGCACUAUUUCUUUAGGGGACAGGGUGCAGAGUAGGAAGGGCCCACGGAAUACACAAGGCAGCAAGCACAUGCAUUAAAAAUCCUACUGACUGUUUCCUUAAAUGCCUCAAAACUUAAGGUUGUGGCAGAUUUGUUCCCAAAGGGUCAUGAAUGACAGCUGUCAUUUUAUCUCCCCCGGUACACAGAAAGAGCUGAUUUCUCUUUAAUUCAGUUUGUAGGAGGCGGGGGAGAGUUUUCGCCAAUCAACGACGCUGUUAUUUCCCUGUCCAAUAAGAAGCGCAGAUAAUCGAAGGGUUCGGUUCUUGCUGCCAUUUUGAAGCCCGUGCAGCUGCGGGAAGAGUCGUGGCAACUCUGCCUCGGCUACUGUCACUUCUUCCGAUUUCAGGCUUCUUGGAGAGGACACAGGAUGCAUCAGAAGCAGAGAAUGGAGCCAGUGACCUUUGAGGACGUGGCUGUGAACUUCACUCUAGGAGAGUGGGCUCUGUUGGAUUCCAGUCAGAAGAAGCUCUACAGAGACGUGAUGACGGAGACCUUUAUGAACCUGCUGUCCAUAGGGGAAACAGAGGAAAAAGAAAAUAUUGAAGACAACCACCAAAAUCUCAGGAAAAAUGUGAGAACUCAGGCGGUUGAGAGGAGUUGUGUCUACAGAGCUCACAGUCAGUGUGGAGAAACCCAGCAACAGAUUCCAGAGCGUACCGUUCAGAGAGAUACCCCUCCUGCAAUAACAGUGUGUGGGAACGGCGAGCUUGUGAGAGAUGCCCUUGUUCGUUCACCCUCACCUGUGCAUCUCAGAUACGAGACUGCAGAGAAACCCUGUGGGUCUCAGGAACAUGUGGAGAAGGCUCUUACACAGAAGAGAUGUUGGAAAGACUCCACUUCUUCUCAUCCCUUUCAGACAAAUCAAAGUCCUCCCCGAGAGACACCCUCUCAAAAUAAGCAACCCAAUGAAGCCUGUAGGAGUCUUAAUUCUGACCAGUAUUGUGAGGGAAUUCAUGCUGGAGAUAAACUCCACGAAUGGAAGCGAGUUGAGAAAGCCUUCUGGAGGUACAGCUACGGUCAAAUGUAUGAAAGAGUCCCCAUUGGGGAGAAACCGUUUGGGUGUAAGCAGUAUGCUGAAGCCUUGGUCAGUUCCAGUCACCUUGUUAAACAUGAACUGAUUCACCCCGAAGAGAAAUGCUACACGUGUAAGCAGUGCGGGAAGGCAUUCAGAUACUGCUCAUCCCUGCAGAACCAUGAAAGGAUCCAUAGUGGGGAGAGGCCCUAUGUGUGUAAGCAGUGUGGAAAAGCCUUCAUUCGCUCCUACGACCUUCUUAUCCAUGAACGAAUUCACAGCGGAGAAAAACCUUACACGUGUGAGCAUUGUGGGAAAUCUUUCACCCACUAUAGCGGCUGGUACAGUCACGAAAGGAUUCACACCAGAGAGAAGCCCUAUGUGUGCACACAGUGCGGGAAAGCCUUUUCCUGUUCCACAUCUUUUCGGAGGCACGAAAGGAUUCACACCGGAGAGAAACCUUACCUAUGUAAGCACUGUGGGAAGGCCUUCACCCAUUCCAGUGCUCGUUACAUUCAUGAGAGGAUUCACACCGGAGAGAAACCCUAUGUUUGUAAGCACUGUGGAAAAGCGUUUCUCCGUGCCAGUCAUCUCAACAACCAUGAGAGAAUUCACACCGGAGAGAAGCCCUAUGUUUGUAAGCAUUGUGGGAAAGCCUUCAUCCAGCGGGAUGCUUGCUAUAAUCACGAAAGGAUUCACACUGGAGAGAAACCAUACGUAUGUAAGGAAUGUGGGAAAGCCUUUAGGAUUUCCACAUCUCUUCGUGACCACGAAAGGAUUCACACUGGAGAAAAACCUUAUAUAUGUAAUUAUUGUGGGAAAGCGUUUAGGGUUUCCACGUGCCUUCACAAACAUGAGAGAGCUCACACUGAAAAGAAACCCAGUGGGUAGAACGUAAGACUGUAUAGCAUGUGGAAUUAUCUUUCAUCAACUUGCUGUUAGGGAAGGAGUGUACGUAGGCUGUCGGAUGGCUCAGGGGUAAAAGCACUUGCCCUGGCUUAGUAGCCUUAGGUGGAUCCUCAGAACCCAUGUGAAGAGAGAGAACUGAGUUUCCAAGGUUUGCCUCUGACUUGCAUACAUGUGCUAUCAUUUGCAUGCAUACCUUCACACACAUGUAUACAGAAAUGGCAUAAUUUAAAAUACCUUUUUUAAAUUAUUUGGGUUUUUGAGACAGGGUUCCACUGUGUAGCCUUGGCUGUCCUGCAACUCACUCUGUAGACCUGGCUGUCCUUAAACUCAGAGAUCCGCCUGCCUCUGCCUCCUAAGAGUUGGAAUUAGAGGUGUGCAUGCCACCCCUGCCUGGCUUUAAAAUACAUUUCAAUGUUACUUUUUAUUUUGAACUAGGUAUAGGUGUGUGGGUAUGUGCAUGCAGCGGCCAGAGGCAUCAGAUUCCCCUGGAGCUGGAGUUACAGGUGCCUGUGAGCUCUCCCAUGUGCAUGCUGGAAAUCCAGCAUGGGUCCUCUGGUAUCUACUGAGCCAUCUUUCCAGUCGCAUAAGUGUAACUUAAAAAAAAAAAAUCUGGAAAGAAAUAGUUGGAAUAGGAGACCUUAAAUUGUGUAAAUCUGGACACGUGUGGAAUGUGAUGUCAGAUAGUCACCAGUUCCAUCAAAUGUACUAAGGCACAUUUUUUUUUUGAAAAUUACAUUUAACAUAAAUUACAAUUCAUGAAGGUUACAUGUAUGUGGGUGUAUGUGCAUGGUGACCACAUGCCAGAGUGUACAUGUGGAAUUGGACAGCUUUCAGAAGUCUGUUCUAUUCUUUCUGCUAUGUAGGUCCUGAGAAGGAGCUCAGGGUGCCUUCGAAACAAGUACCUUAACCUGCUGGGCAGUCCUGCUGUCCCGCCUCAUGCCUUACACAUUAGAGAGGUAGAGGCUCGAGAAUUACAAAAUUGAAUACUGUGGAUUUGCACACACCUGAGAGAGCUCAUUCCAACCAAUGAAAAAUUGAGCAUUAAAAACAAUAUAAGUUAUAUGUUGUCUCAAAUAAGGGGAAAGGGAAUUCUCCCCUUUAUGUUGUAAAAGCAAGAAGAAAAUUGAGCAUUCUGAGCAAAUGUUUUCUUCUGAAAGUCUGAUUUUGUGGAAUUUAUGAAAAUGUUGGCAUUAUUUUGCCUGUCAUUUCUGCUGUUUGGAAAACUGAAGUUAGAGUCCUGUUUGGAAGAGCAGCAGUAGCAACAGUGUACACUGCAUGGAUUGCAGUGAUGCUUUUAAAGGACAGAUCAGGUUUUUUUGUCCUGGAAUAAGUUCUCACUGUGGAGACCAGGCUGGGUGAUAGUAAAUGUGUGUGCCACCGAAUCAUGGCGGUCGGUCUCACUUCAGUGGGCGUUUGCUGAUAACCCAGUGAGGCUGUACCUUUCCCCAUGUCAUGUGAAACCGUUAAGUGAGUUGUAAGGCUCCGAUAGACGUAAUUUACAUGUAGUUUUGAAUAAUCGUGGGUCAUUUGAAAUUGAAAAUACGAUGCUUGUUAACUGUUAGUGUUUCCACUGUCCUUACACGACGGGUUAUAUUUUCCUUACUAUUCUUAAUUUAUUGACAGUUUCCUUAAAUUUUAUGUACACUUGGAUUUUUUUAAUAGUAAAAUUUCUUACAUAGAUUUUGUAUUUUGUACCUUAAAAUAUAUUUUGUUCAAGCAAGAUGUUUUGGGGGCAAAAUUGGCCUAGUGAGUAAAAGACUAUUCCAUAAA